ACCCUCCCUAACCCACUAGCGCAUGUGAAUUCACGACUUUCCGCUUACGAGGUUGACAGGAAAAACUGAAACCGAAGACUCGUGAGUCCUGUCUAGCAUUUUUACAAUACCACAGAAGACCCGUUCAACCACUAGUGUAUUACGUAUGAAACUCAUGGUAAGUGUAUAUUUAGUAGCUUCCUCCAGCAGCAGCAGCACGCCGCUGGAUCCGUUUGCCAUCCGAAAUGAAAAGAAACGGGACGUACAGGUUUCUAUCGGUUUUCUCCUGCUUCGUGGUUAGCGCGUUUUUGUUUGUGUUUUGGUUUUUUGUGUUUUACUCGUUGAUUCACGCUCCGUAAAACUCAGAAGCAGCCACAGUAGCUAGCUGACGGAGCUACUUACCCACAGUGCACCGCGCUGUUGACUAGUUCUGCGGUCACAUGAUCAACUAAACCUGGAAGUCACAUCUGAGGUUUGUAGAAUUGGAUCAGUGACGCUAUGAUGGCGUCUGACAGCACUGAAGCAUCAUCUUCCACUUCAGACCUCAAGCUGCAGUUUGCACCCUUCAGCAGCUCUCUGGAGGCAGGGUUCUGGCACCAACUCACUCAGAAGAAACUCAGUGACUACAGAUUGGAUGAAAGCCCCAAAUGUAUCAAAGGAUACUAUUACAACGGUGAUCCAGACAGUUUACCAACCCGUCUGACUUUGGAGUUCAGUGCAUUUGAUGCUGAUGGUCCAACUCCCGCUCGCUGCUGUCCCGCUCCUGGAACGCUGUACAACACCAACACUCUUGAUGCCUUUAAGGCCACUGAUAAGAAGGCUCUGCUGGAGAAAGAAGCCAAAGAGAUAUGGGAUGCUAUACAGUCUGGAGCUGCGCUAAAGAAACCGUCUAUCCUUAGCAAAUUUAUUCUGCUGACCUUUGCAGACCUGAAGAAGUACCAUUUCUACUAUUGGUUCUGCUUCCCGGCACUUUGUUUCCCGGAGGGGAUAAAGAUCAUCCGGCCGCCCGUCAAUCUAGAGAACGUUUUCUCUGCAGUGCAGAUCGCAGCCCUGCAGGAAGCCUACGAUGGAUUGUGUAUUAAAAGAAGGACAACAGUAGCUCCUUACUUCAUAAUGAAAUACACAGAGGACACAGUUGACUUGGCCCUGCUCGAGGACUGGGAGACAUUUUUCACAGAUACUAAAAAGGUUACUGUAGGCAUCUACGAUCCGUGUACUCUGUCCCAGCAUCCCGGCUGGCCUCUGAGAAAUCUGCUGGUCCUUCUGGCGAAGCAGUGGGGCUCUAAACUGGACCUAGUGGAGGUGCUGUGUUUUAGGGACAGAACUCUGCAGGGAAGCCGCUCCAUUCACCACAGUCUCAUCUUCCAAAUCAAGCUUCCUGAACUCUCCAGCAACUCCGUGUGUCCUAAAAGUGUAGGCUGGGAGAAAAACCCAAAGGGGGCUAUGGGACCAAGGAUGGUCAACCUGAGUGAAUGCAUGGACCCUAAAAGGCUAGCAGAAUCAUCGGUCGACCUGAACCUUAAACUAAUGAGAUGGAGGCUGGUUCCUUCGUUGGAGCUGGAGAAAGUCGUCAACACAAAGUGUCUUCUUUUGGGCGCCGGCACCCUUGGCUGCAAUGUGGCAAGAACUCUGAUGGGAUGGGGGGUGAGACACAUCACAUUUGUUGACAAUGCAAAGAUCUCAUACUCCAAUCCAGUUCGGCAGCCGCUCUAUGAGUUUGAGGACUGCCUCGGAGGAGGAAAGUCGAAAGCCACAGCAGCUGUUGAUCGACUUACCAAAAUCUUCCCUGGUGUGAAUGCACAAGGUUACAAUAUGAGCAUCCCGAUGCCUGGCCACCCAGUGGAUUUCUCUCAGGCUACUCUCUCUCAGGCUCAGAAGGAUGUGCAGCAGCUGGAGAAGCUCAUUUCAGACCACGACGUGGUGUUUUUGCUCAUGGACACGAGGGAGAGCCGCUGGCUGCCUACAGUAAUAGCUGCCAGCAAGAGAAAGCUGGUGAUGAAUGCCGCCUUAGGCUUUGACACGUUUGUUGUGAUGCGUCAUGGCCUCAAGAAACCUAUGAGUCAGAUCAUUUCUACCGAGAUGGACUCCUCCCCUACGUGUUCGUCUGCUUCCUCUUCGUCCUCCACACCAGCCGGAUCAGGGACCCAUGUCCCGGGGUCAUCUCUGUUCUCCAACAUCCCAGGACAUAAGCUGGGCUGCUACUUCUGCAAUGAUGUGGUGGCACCGGGAGAUUCUACCAGAGAUCGAACCCUGGAUCAGCAGUGCACAGUCAGCAGACCAGGCCUUGCCAUGAUUGCUGGAGCUCUGGCUGUGGAGCUGAUGAUUUCCAUUCUACAGCAUAGCGAAGGGGGCUACGCAGUGGCCAGCAGCAGCGAUGACCGAAUGAAUGAACCUCCUACGUCGUUGGGUCUUGUACCACAUCAGAUCCGAGGCUUUCUCUCCAGGUUUGACAACGUUCUUCCUGCCAGCCUGGCGUUUGACAAAUGCACCGCCUGCUCGCCUAUCGUGUUGGACCACUAUGAGAAGGAAGGUUUCAUCUUUCUGUCCAAAGUUUUUAAUUCCUCCCAUUCCUUUCUGGAGGACCUGACAGGCCUUACAUUGUUGCACCAAGAGACACAGGCUGCAGAGAUCUGGGACAUGAGUGAUGAUGAGAGCAUCUGAAGACCUAAAGCAGUCAAGUGCAACAGGAAUAAAGGACUUCACGCUACAGUCUGUGGUUUCAUUUUCUUCCUACUUUACUUUAUAAAAAUCAGCGCCAUUACUUAGACACCAGGUCCUGAUACUAGAAAAACAUGAUGCACUAGCAUGUUAACUGCUAACACUGUGUGUAAAACUGUUAAGUUCACCUCACCUGUUGGAACUAAACUCAAGAUUCCUUAGAAACAAACAGCCCAAACAAAAUGUGCUUUUUUUCUGUAAAGUUAAAUUCUAGGUUUUGCUUUCUUCUUCAACCAGACUUUAACAUCCGUUUCUUUAUUCAGGCUGGAAAAGAGUUUCAGGUAAAUUAUAAAAACAGAAAAAUGUGGCUGCCCGCUCAACAGAUCCAUCCAUCUUGUCUGUUUACUGGAGACUGACAUACACAGAGCAGCUGAUACUUAAACCAGUGCUGCGAUCAUUCCUGUGAGGGAACCUGCAGACAGAUGUUACUGUACAGUUUAAUAACACGGUUACAGCAGACAUCUUGGAUCGAAAUAUGUGAUUUUUAGGCAGCUCCCAUCCCUAACAGAUGGGUGUUUUUUAUCAAUGCAUGUAGAUGUUCAUUUAUGAAUCCACUUUGCAAAGUCCUGUCUGUUCUGCAAACCUGUAUGUUUCUGCAUCAUAACUUGUAAAAAUGAGUUUUACAAGCGGUUAACCUUGAAUAAAAUAUGCUUACACUCAAA